AGGGAGGGAAGGAGGAUGCAGCGGGCCGCGCUCUUCCGCGGCGGCGAUGCGCAGAUGGCCGCCGGGGACCUGGGCGAGCUGCUCGUCCCCUACAUGCCCACGAUCCGGGUGCCCAAGUCAGGGGACCGGGUCUACAAGACGGAGUGUGCCUUCUCCUACGACUCGCCCGAUUCAGAAGGAGGUCUCUAUGUGUGCAUGAACACAUUUCUGGGAUUUGGAAGGGAACACAUUGAGAGGCAUUACCGGAAAACAGGACAAUGUGUGUAUUUGCAUCUGAAACGCCAUGUGAUAGAGAAGGUACCAGGAGCAUCUGGUGGAGCUUUACCAAAAAGGAGGAAUGCUAAGCUAUUUUUAGAUCUAGAGACAAACAGUGAUCUCAACAGUGAGGACUUUGAAUAUGAAGAUGAAGCAAAACUUGUUAUAUUUCCUGAUCACUAUGAAAUCUCAUUACCCAACAUAGAAGAGUUACCAGCACUGGUGACGAUAGCUUGUGAUGCACUCCUCAGUGCAAAAUCACCCUACAGGAAGCAGGAACCUGACUCCUGGGAAGAAGAACUACAGGCAUCUAAACACGCCAAAACACUUGUACAGUUAGACAAUGGUGUUAGGAUUCCCCCCAGUGGUUGGAAAUGCUCAAAGUGUGACCUGCGGGAGAAUCUGUGGCUGAACCUGACAGAUGGUUCUGUGCUGUGUGGGAAGUGGUUCUUCGAUGGCAGUGGGGGCAACGGGCACGCCAUGGAGCACUACAAGGAGACGGGUUAUCCCCUGGCAGUGAAGUUGGGAACCAUCACUCCUGAUGGAGCAGAUGUCUAUUCCUUUGAUGAAGAGGAGCCGGUUUUAGAUCCGCACAUAGCAAAACAUUUGGCACACUUUGGGAUUGAUAUGCUGCAGAUGCAAGUGACAGAGAACGGGCUGAGAGAUAAUGAUAUAAAGCCAAGAGUCUCAGAAUGGGAAGUGAUUCAGGAAGCUGGCGUGAAACUCAAGCCCAUGUAUGGCCCAGGAUACACUGGCAUAAAGAACCUGGGAAAUAGCUGCUACCUCAAUGCUGUCAUGCAAGCCAUUUUCAGCAUCCCAGAGUUCCAGCGAGCGUAUGUGGGAAACCUUCCGCGAAUAUUUGACUACUCUCCUCUUGAUCCAACACAAGAUUUCAACACUCAGAUGGCUAAACUGGGACAUGGCCUCCUUUCAGGCCAAUACUCUAAGCCACCCAUGAAAUCUGAGCUUAUUGAGCAGGUGAUGAAAGAAGAACACAAGCCUCAACGCAAUGGAAUAUCUCCCAGAAUGUUUAAGGCUUUUAUAAGUAAAGGCCACCCAGAAUUUUCCUCUAAUAGACAACAAGACGCACAGGAAUUUUUCCUACAUCUUAUAAAUCUAGUAGAGAGGAACCCCGUGGGUUCAGAAAACCCGAGUGAUGUGUUCCGGUUCCUGGUGGAGGAGCGCACGCAGUGCUGCCAGUCCAGAAAGGUCCGCUACACUGAGAGGGUGGACUACAUCAUGCAGUUACCUGUUGCCAUGGAGGCAGCAACAAACAAAGAUGAAUUAAUUGCCUAUGAGUUGAAGAGGCGAGAAGCAGAAGCUGCAAGGAGACCUCCACCAGAACUUGUCCGUGCCAAGAUCCCAUUUAGUGCAUGUCUGCAGGCCUUUUCUGAACCCAGCAAUGUAGAGGAUUUCUGGAGUAGUGCCCUUCAAGCAAAAUCUGCAGGAGUUAAGACUUCCCGUUUUGCUUCGUUUCCUGAGUACUUAGUGGUGCAGAUAAAGAAAUUCACCUUUGGCCUUGAUUGGAUACCCAAAAAGCUGGAUGUUUCUAUAGACAUGCCAGAUUUCCUGGAUAUCAGCCACCUUCGGGCCAGGGGGCUCCAGCCAGGAGAAGAGGAACUUCCAGACAUUGCUCCUCCCAUUGUCAUUCCCGAUGAUCCAAAAGAUCGUAUGACGAACCAUUUAAUGGAGUCCCUAGAUAUUGAUGAGUCUUCAGUUAUGCAACUGGCAGAGAUGGGCUUUCCUUUGGAAGCAUGUCGGAAGGCUGUGUACUAUACAGGCAACCUGGGUGCUGAAAUUGCUUUCAACUGGAUCAUUGCACACAUGGAAGAACCAGACUUCGCUGAGCCAUUGGUCGUAUCUGCAUUUGGAGAAGUUGCUUCCAGUGGGGCAGCAGCAUUAGGAGCUAUAGGAUUAGAUAACCAGCCCCCUGAAGAGAUGGUUGCAAUUAUCAUUUCCAUGGGAUUCCAAAGGAAUCUAGCAAUUCAAGCGCUGAAGGCAACAAACAAUAACUUGGAGCGUGCACUGGAAUGGAUCUUCAGCCACCCUGACCUUGAGGAAGAAGGUGAACCUGCCUUGGACACGAUGGAUAUGGAGAACAAUGCUAAUGCCAAUAUCCUUGCAGACACAGGGUCAGAGGGACCCAGGAUCAAAGAUGGGCCUGGAAGAUAUGAGCUGUUUGGGUUCAUCAGCCACAUGGGAACAUCCACGAUGAGUGGCCACUAUGUUUGUCAUCUCAAGAAGGAAGGAAGAUGGGUGAUCUACAACGACCUCAGAGUCUGUGCCUCAGAACGACCUCCCAAAGACCUGGGCUACAUUUAUUUUUACCAUAGGAUAGCAAGUUAGACCUCAAAUCUAUUUCCUGGCCUUAAGAAGCCAUAAGCCUUUUUAACCUGCCCAAAAAAGCGUACAAUAAAAAAAAAAAAAAUCUAAAACCAACAAAAGACCCCUAACCCUUGGACUGCCAAAAAGCAAAAGAAAACAUGGGAUGUUUAUAGUGUAUUUAAAAACAGUCAUUUGAUGCCGCCUUAAAUGUUAGACGGGAAAUUUCUAUUAGGUGCUGUGUAGUACAUUGUUUUAAAUUUAUACACCUUAAAGGCCAUGCAGAUUACUGGUGGAGUUUGCAGGGAGUGUGGGGAGAAAGUGGAAGCUUCAGUAUUGAACAAAAAUAGCUGAGUUCAUCCCAGCUCCUGCCUGAUCUGUCCAUGCAUCUGUUGAAAACCACAAACAAACAUUGGCGUCUUUGGUAACUGGAAGCCAGUGUUUUCAACCAAAGCCCAGACCACUUGUGAAAAUCAUAUAAAAGUUGGAGGGAGAGGGUCUGUGACUGUUCUUCAAAGCAGAUCUUACUUCAGAGGUUAUUUACAGUGCAGUGAGAAAAGUCAACUAAAGUUAUGUCUGUUGAAAUUCAGUGGUAUAAUAUUUUGAUUUGCCUUUUUGAUGCAUAAGUCUAAGAGCCUAAUGGAGAUAAAAGCAAUCUCCUAUCAGUGCCCAGUACAUUUUCUGCCAAAGAGAAAUAAUAGAUUUUAUUUUUGCAGACAUAGAUUUCUUCAUCUUCUCUUGACUGUUCAUUUUGCAAGUUCUUCCAACAGAUACAGGACUACAGAUGGCUAAAAGAAGCAGACUUCCUGACUAUGAAAUUAAACACAUACUCUCAGGAAAGGCAAGGCUAUUAUUUAAAUUUGGUUUUCAUAUGGAGGAGGUAAGGAAGGGUUUAAUGUCCUGUUAUAUUUACGUCUGGGAAACUUGCAUCUAGACAACUCAUAAUCCAGCUGAAAUCAACUCCCUGACGAAGUAUUCACAGUGAAAGUUUGCUCUCUGCUGAUAGGAAGAGCACAC